AUGCAGUUCCAGACUAUGUCGUAUUGGCAGCUGGGGGGAAGAAAUAUCGAUAAUCAGAAAUGCGACUUCAUGGUUAGAUCCUCCAUGCUCUCUAGGGUGCAGAAUCUACGGCUGGUAGAUUUGUACCGCCACGGUUCUGAGUCAAUAUGGGUCACAAAAGGAACCAAUGUCUACGAUAUCACAGAAUGGGUGCCGAGUCAUCCAGGCGGAGAAGUGAUUUUACGAGCGGCGGGCGGUAGCAUCGACCCUUACUGGAAGAUUUUUUCCAUUCACCAGAAACAAGACGUCUAUGACAUAUUGGAGCAAUAUCUCAUCGGCACCAUUGACCCAAAGGACCUAGUCGAUGGUCAGGUCCCGAGUGAACAUGUUCCCAACCCAUUCGCCUCUGAUCCCGAACGAGAUCCCAGGCUGCGCGUGCACAGCGAACGGCCUUGCAAUGCAGAGACCCCUGUAUCAGAGCUGGGCACGUUCAUCACUCCAAAUGACGUCUUCUACGUGCGCAACCACCUCUGGGUCCCAGACUUGGGCAAGCCAGAAGACUACAGCCUGACAGUCGAGCUGUACGACGGUACGGAGAAGAAGUACACGCUGCAAGACCUGCGCGACAAGUUCCAUGAGCACACCAUCACCGCAACGCUCCAGUGCUCCGGCAACCGUCGCUCUCACAUGACCGCCAACGCACGCAUGACCAACGGACUCCAAUGGGAAGUUGGUGCGAUAGGGAACGCAGAAUGGACGGGCGUCCGCCUACGCGACGUCCUAGCCGACGCCGGACACGCCGUCGACGACGUCCCCAAAGAAGUGAAACACGUCCAAUUCUCCGCCGUCGAAGCCUACGGCGCCUCCAUCCCCAUCGCCAAAGCCGCAGACCGAUUUGGCGACGUGCUACUCGCGUACAAGAUGAAUGGCGAAGCCCUCCCGCCGGACCACGGCUUCCCCCUGCGCGUCCUGGUACCAGGCAACGUCGCAGCCCGCAGCGUGAAGUGGGUCAACAAGAUCACCCUCUCGGACGAGGAGUCGCCCUCGCAGUGGCAGCGGCGCGACUACAAGUGCUUCGGCCCGAACGAGGGGCCCAAUCCGAACUGGGACGCUGCGCGCAGUAUCCAGGAAAUGCCGGUGCAGUCCGCCAUCACCUCGCUGCGGCAGGUAUCUUCGCACUCUCCGCAAGCGCGCAAGUGGAUGCACGUCUAUGGUCUAGAGGAGGAUUCUGUGCUUCUGGAGGGCUAUUCCUUCAGCGGCGGUGGCCGUGAGAUCGUCCGCGUUGAUAUCAGCGCUGAUGACGGCCGCUCGUGGCAUCAGGCGGAGCUGCUAGAGGCCGAGACUAAGGGGAGCAAGGCGUGGGCGUGGAGGCGCUGGCGCUUCAUCAUUCCGAAUAGUCAGGCGGGGAAGGUGUUUGUGGUCAAGGCGGUUGAUGAGGCGUAUAAUACUCAGCCGGAUAGCUAUGAACCUCAUUUCAACUUUAGGGGAAACUUGACGAGUGGGUGGCAGCGGGUGGAAAACAAGCCGAUACCUAGCUAG